CCUUUCUCUUUCCCCCAGCUCUCUCACUCUCACCUCGGUUCACCGCCACCGCCACAGCACGCUCGCUUCUGUGCCGCGCCUCUCGCCGGAUCCACUGCUUCGUGUGCUCGCGAGUCGCGUCUCCUCCGGAUCUACCGCAUCCUGUGCUCUCGCCGGAUCCGUCGCACGCUCGCGUCUCCUCCGCUCGUCUUCCCUCGCGUGCUCCUCGGCAGCGGUCUUGCUCCCUCUACCUCUUAUUCUGCUCAUCCGCCAUCACUGCACCCAACGCCGGGUGUGGUCCACUGCUCGCGUCUUGCCUCGCUUCCUGCAGCUGUGCUUCCUGGUGAAUGCUCGCGUCUCGCCGUGCCGCUCCUCUGUCCCUCCCUCGCCUCUCUUCCGCGGGUGUUGCUGCCUGCACUGCACUGCUUGAUUCUGCCGCUGCAACAACAGUCAACAUUUGGUGUAAGAAAAAGUGAAGAAUAGUGAAUUCUAACGUGUGAAGAUGUCUGCGCUAUUCAAUUUCCAUUCGUUCCUUACUGUGAUACUACUUGGAAUAUGUGCCUGCACUUACUUCAAGAUGCAGUUUCCAGCAGUCCUUGAACAAAGAACUGGAUUUCGUGGGUUCUUUUGGAAGGCAGCAAGAAUAGGGGAGCGUUUAAGCCCGUGGGUAUCUGUAGGUUGCUUUAUGAUGGGUGUUUCAAUAAUCUUCUUCUGAGCUACAUUGUACCUGUAGUCAGCGGGUCAUCCAUUCUAUGCUCUAGUGCUGUUCUAUAUGCUGAAUGAUUUGCAGGACCUGGAAUUAGUUUGUACUUGCAUAUUUUUACGUGAGAGCCCUAUGAACUUGUUCCUUGUUUCAAGCUCAUUUAUUAAUUUACCCGAUUCAUUUAUUAAUAUGUGUCUAUUUUCUCCAGAGGCAUACAUUUAUCAUUGUGGAAUGUGCAUUUUAUUUUUCUCCUAAACCUCCUUGAACUUCCCCCACUGGUAUUCUAUAAAUUUCGAUAUGUGGAAAACUAAGCCAACAAUGUUUCAUUUA